AGCCUGUCUUCUCUGCUUCUAGUCAGCUCACACUGGACCCAAACACAGUACUCUGUUGAGGUGAAAGAAUACAAGUCUCUCAUCUUUUCUCGAUCUUUCUCACAUAAUUUAUCUCCUUAUCUCACUCUUUCUUCUCUCCGCCCCCCCCCCCCUAAACUCCACCCUCUGACAGAACCAGGAAAUCACUCCCUCCUCCCACAACAGUUGUUUUUCUGAAGAAACGAAACUAAUCUCUCUUUCUCUGCUUCCUCUUUCUCUCUUUCUCCAUUUGUUUUUCUGUGUGAGAGAGAGCGACCGUCACUACCACUCCAGCAUGGCCCAGCAGGGAGUUGUGCUGGACCAGGACCAGUUCUGCUGUUCCAUCUGUCUGGACCUCUUAAAGGAUCCUGUCACCCUCCACUGUGGUCACAGCUACUGUAGCAGCUGUAUCGAGGGCUGCUGGGACCAGGAUGAGCAGAAGGGAGUCUACAGCUGCCCCCAGUGCAGACAGAGCUUCACUCUGAGGCCUGCUCUGAAGAGGAACUACAUGCUGGCUGAGGUGGUGGAGAAGCUGAAGGAGACAGGAGGAGCCCAGGCCGCCCCCUCUGAGCUGACCAGUCCAGCUGGGCCAGGAGAGGUGACCUGUGACCUCUGCACUGGGCCCAGGAAGGAGAGAGCCCUCAAGUCCUGUCUGAUGUGUAUGGUGUCCUACUGCCAGACUCACCUCCAGCCCCACUACCAGGUUCCUGGGCUGAAGAAACACAAGCUGGUGGAAGCCACGUCUGGACUGCAGGACGUGAUCUGCUCCAGUCAUGACAAACUGCUGGAGGUCUUCUGUCGGACAGACCAGCAGUGUAUCUGCUUUCUGUGUACCAUGGAAGACCAUAAAGGCCAUGACACAGUGUCAGUCAAAGAUGAGAGAGAGAAGAAACAGGACAAGCUGGUCCUGAGUCAGCAGGAAGUCCAGCAGAGAGUCAAGCAAAGAGAGAAGGAGCUGAAGGAGCUCCAACAGGCUGUGGAGUCUUUCAAGCUCUCUGGCCAGGCAGCAGAGAAGGACAUUGAGAGGAUCUUCACUGAGCUGAUCCGCUCCAUUGAGAGAAGGCGCUCUGAGGUGAAGGAUCUGAUCAGAGCCCAGCAGGGGGCAGCAGUGAGUCAGGCUGAAGGACUGCUGGAGAGACUGGAGCAGGAGAUAGCUGAGCUGAGGAGGAGAGACGCUGAGCUGGAGAAGCUCUCACACACAGAGGACAACAUCCACUUCCUCCAGAACUGCCAGUCUCUCUCCAGUACCAGUGUAUCUUCAGAUGUCCCCAGCAUCUCUGUUCCUCCUCUUCAGUACUUCAAACAUGUGACUGAGGUGGUCUCUGAGCUGAGAGACAAACUAGAGGAGCUGAUCCAGAGAGAGUGGUCCAACAUCUCCACCACAGUCUCCACAGUGGAUGUGUUACUGCCUCCAGAGCCCAAGACCAGAGCAGACCUCUUAAAGGUCUCCACAGUGGAUGUGUUCCUGCCUCCAGAGCCCAAGACCAGAGCAGACCUUUUACGAUAUUCCUGUCAGCUCACUCUGGACACAAACACAACACAUAUGAACCUCUAUCUGUCUGAGGAGAACAGGAAGGUGACACGUCUAAACCAGCCACAGGAUUUGCAAGCUUUCGUUCAAGGAUGGUCAUACCCUAACUUUGGAUGGGCAUAUAAUAUACAUCCAGAGAGGUUCACCAAGAACUAUCAGGUGCUGUGUAGAGAGGCUCUGUCUGGAUGCUGUUACUGGGAGGUGGAGUGGAGAGAUGGCCGUGUGAACAUAGCAGUCUCAUAUAAAGACAUCAACAGAACAGACCACACCUCUUUUUUUGGUGACAGUGACAAGUCCUGGAGGUUACAGUGCUCUAGUGAUGGUUACAGUUUCAAACAUAACAGAGUUGAGACUGCAGUAUCAGGCCCUCGGUCCUCCAGAGUAGGAGUGUACCUGGAUCACAAGGCAGGUACCCUGUCCUUCUACAGUGUCAUCUCUGACACAGUGACCCUCCUCCACAGAGUCCAGACCACCUUCACCCAGCCACUCUACCCUGGGUUUUGGCUUUGCUAUAAUGCCAGUGCAGAGAUUAUGAAGCUGUGGUAGAGGGUCUUGUAGAGGAGUGAUACCUUCAUACCAUCAUACAGAACCCUGUUACUGGUUAAGUUGGUUUAUAAUCAUUGUUCUUUUGUUCUAUAAUUACAGCUGUAAAUGAUUAUAUUGUGUGUAUUGUAUGUGACUUCUGUUUAAGUAAUCAGUUCAUAGUUGUCUCUCUGCUACUUUGAACUCCUGCUGCUGGUUAUAAUGGACCUGAACAGCUGAAUAAAGACAUGUAAAG